CACUUGUUCUUAGAGAAAGCAGGCAGUACAGAGCGAGGUUUGAAUUGCGUGCGGUCCUCGCUCUUCGGUGACCGAGUUUGUUGUGUUUACUAUCGAAGAUUACCGCGUGGUACAAGCGACCGGAUGCCCGCCCCGCCUGGAUUUUAGACUGGGACUUGUUCGGUUUUGACUUUCGAACUUAACAGAGUGACUCUUUGCCUAGAUAUCAACAAAUUCGUUCAGCGAUUUGUGCCUGGGUCCUGCGGUUCGAUUUUUUCAACAACGGAUCCCAGCCCCACCAUUCGGCCAAGUAGUGCCUGUAAUUGCCAGCAGUGCUUACAUUCGCACUCGCUGGACCAGCAAGCGACCGCUGCUAGCCCGCUGGCCGCUGUCAUGGAUAGAGAGUACGGUUACCACUUCGGCGUCCCGCACUCCGGCGGGCUGGACCCGACCGAGCUGAAGGUUGGAGGGGGUGGCGGAAUGAUACCCCAGCACCAUGCCCACACGACGCACUCCCAGCACCACCACAUGACCAGCAAUCACCACUCGCCCACCUCGAUGAACAACAAUCACACUCAGGGCCACCAGGGGUCCAUGACCCUGACCAGCAACGGCAAUACUGGUGGCGGCGGCAACAACACCAGUGCCGGCAGCAACAAGAAAGACACCGAGAGGGUGAAGAGACCCAUGAAUGCUUUCAUGGUCUGGUCAAGGGGUCAGCGGCGCAAGAUGGCGCAGGACAACCCAAAGAUGCACAAUUCCGAAAUCAGCAAGCGCCUGGGCGCUGAGUGGAAGUUACUUUCGGAAGCCGAGAAGCGACCUUUCAUUGACGAGGCGAAGCGACUGAGGGCGGUUCACAUGAAGGAACACCCCGAUUAUAAGUACCGGCCACGAAGAAAGACCAAAACCCUGCUGAAAAAGGAUAAAUAUCCCAUGGGUACCGGUAUUCUGCCGACAGACUCCAGGGCGGCUACCACUGCUGUACCGCAGGUCAGAAGCGAGAUGUACCAGAUGAACGGAUACAUGCCCAAUGGGUAUCCGAGCAUGAUGCACGAGGCGGCUCAUGCAGCUUACUCUCAGCAUGCGGCCAGCUACACUAGCCAGAUGUCCGGCAGCGGAUUUUACUCCCGCUAUGACAUGAGCGGCAUGCACAGCCCGAUGACCACUGUUCCGUCUUCAGUGUCAGUGCCCUACAUGAACGGCGGAUCAAACUACACAAUGCCGAUGACAUCGUAUUCGUCCAUGCAAUCAAUGGGAAGCUCCAUCAAGCCAGAGCCCAGCUCCAGUGGCACAAGCAGCCCCAGCUCGAUGCCGCCAGUGGCACUGUCACAGCCCCGGCGUAGUCACUCGGGAUCGGAAAUGCAGAACCUUCAGUUGAGGGACAUGAUUUCGGUGUACCUGCCCGGCGAUGCCAACGAUCCAAACCUACAGAAUCGCCUCCAGAUGCAAUCUCAUUACUCCGGGGUCGAAUCUCUGGGAUCAGGAACGAUGCCCCUCUCUCAUAUGUGAUGCUGGGACUCUGCGAGUGAUUGUGACUCGAAAUUGUGACUCAAAACAAAUCAUCUGUGACGCACAGAACGUGAGAAAUUUCGAAGCCACACACACACAUCGAGGCACGUAAGUAGCCUUAACAAAAAUUUCUCUUCUAAAGAUAACAGCUUGUUGUUAAGUGAAUGAAGUAUGUAAUAAAACAAAAAAAAAUUGCAGAAAACCUGCAUAAAGGGCAGUGGUUUCUGUCCGCCCCCCAACAGACAAAAUUUAGGUGUAGAUAGUAUCUAGCCUCAAACUAAACAAAACAAAAUUUAUUCUUUUGUAAAAGCUUUAAUAUCUCUGCAAUCAAGGACUAAUAUGAAAAAGAAACCAAAAACAAAUUGCUUUUAGAUGAAUUUUUUAAAGUAAAAUUGAACCAGAAAGCAAAUAUCUUGGAUAAUUUUUUUGAUUUGAUGAUUUUAGAAUAUCCCAAUGUGAAAACAUUGAUUAAUUUCAUUUAAUCCAGUUAAUCAUAUCCAAAUUUGAUAUAUAAUAUGUGUAUGAACUUUUAAAAAGUAUUCAGUUUUUGAUUUUGAUUUUUAUUAUGAAAAGUGUGCAUAUUGAAAUUUCUUUUAUAGAUCUUGCAGUAUUUACUUUGCAAUAAUUUCUUUUAAUUGAAAGCCAAAAAAUGGAAAAUUCGCAACAGUACAUCUACAAGAACUGUGUUAAGGCUGUUUUUGUCAAUUGUGUAUUAUAUAAAACUGGAUGGCCAGUGAAUUAUUGUGUACAUACAGUGUUGAGAGAAGAACACCAUUUUCCUGCACUUACAUGUGAUUCCCCAUUUUUCUAAAAAUGACGUUUCUGCAAAAUAGGGGUAAUUUGGAAAUAUAAUUGAGAAAAGUGUGCUUGUUUUAAACUAUACUUAAAAAGAGUAUAUUACUUAAGAAAUACUGUGAAAAGUAUUAUUUACAAUUUCAUAUAUGAGUGUACUAUGUCAAGUAUUAAUAAUUCAAAAUUUGCGAUAAUUUUAAUCCUUUCUGAAUUAUCGCUAGAGCAUAUAAAAUUAUUGCUCGAAGUCCAAGGCAUUUAAUUUUUAAAGUGCCCAUUUAAACUGUCAUUUUUGCCUAUUAAGUGCAAAUUUUAAAAAAAUAUUUCUAAAGUUUUUUUUUUAAUUAUUAUUAUUGUUAAAUUCGUUUUUUGAGUUGAGUAUUAUAAUUUUUUAUGUUGAGAAAAGUAAUUCUUAUCAUGUCGGAAUCUUAACUUUUAUAUUUUUAGAAUUGUUUUUGUGUAUUUUCUAAAAGCUUUUUUUGCAAAUAAGAUGAAUUUUUUUUUUUAUAAAGAUGAUCAAAAUUUCAGCAUUUAUUGGAUUUAAAUCGCGACUUAAACAUUAAAGUUCAAGGAAGAACCACCACUGUUCUUAACUGGCUUUUUUCUUACGCAUUUUGUUUAAAAGUGGUUUUAUGCAUUUUAUAACUAGAACCUACUUCCUGUUCGAUUUUAAAAUGCAAAUGAAAUUUUUGUUUCCAUGAGAUUUGAUUCAUUGGAUUUAAAUCACGGAAAACAUGAUUCAAGCAUAAAGAGCCACUACUUUUCUGAACUGGCUUUUUUCUUACGCAUUCUGUUUAAAAGUGAUUUUAUGCAUUUUAAAACUAGAACUCACCCCCUGUUCGGUUUUAAAAUGCAAUUGAAAUUUUUAUCUCUAUGAGAUUUGAUCAUCCAAAUUUUGAUGAAUCAUUUUAAUGUGACCUCUUUUCAAAGUUUUUAUCAGUUUAUAAUAUGAACAAAAUAAAUUAAUUUAAUUAUAUAUAAAAAAAAUUAUUGCUGUAAACAUUUAAAGAAUUGUUAAAUAAGUUGCUAAUAUUUUUUUUAUGAAAAUUUAAUAUUUGGAGAUUAGAUAUUAUUAAAAAUUUAUAUUACGGUGUAGUGGCAAUAUUGAAAUAUUUUUAUUAUCAAACGCGCUAGAAUAAGACUAAUAGUGGUACAAUUCCAGGUUAGCCUUAUUUUGCAGGUGCGUAUAACUUAUGAUGUUUUUUGUUUAAUUUUGUACAUAUUUCCAAACGCAGAAAAGUGUUAUGUUUGAAAAAAAGAGUACAUUUGUAAAUGAUUUCACACAAAAAAAAAAACUGUUUUUUGUUGCGGUUCAUAUGUAAAUACUGCCAUUCAUAAAAAAGGAAACUGUUUUAUGCGUGGUUUGUUCAUCUUUUGUAAAUAUUGCCGCGCAAGAAAAAAACUAUGUUUGGAUUCAUCUUGCAAAAAAAGCACAUUUUCAACAGAUUCAUUUAGUAGUCAACAUAUUGAAUUAUAAUAAUAAAAAAAAUC